CUCCCUCCCAAGCUUUGUGCCACCAAAAGCCGAAAAGCCAUAGUCACUUACAUCGAGAUUUGGGGAUUGCCCUCAAAGACCGGGCCCGAUUUGCAUAUCGCCGGUGUACUUUGCGCCUUGUUUCGAGGCUUGUUUCUAACUUUGCCUUUUAGUAACGACAUUACGCAAGUUCCACUCUCCGGAACCAGCUGUGAUAUAUAUAAAGCCCCGAACUCUGCUCCUUUUAUUAUCGUACUCUCAAUUCAUCUCAAUAAGAUAUCUGAAUCCAAUCGAAUAUCAGACGAAAGACUAUUUUCAGCUACACUCACACCAAACUUCUAUUACUUAGUCAAAUCAUAUCAUCCUAUUUAUCAAAAUGUCCAACGAUAACACUUCCACUCUCAAGUCCGUCGUCGACUCCGCUACCGGUAUCGUGCAGAACGCAUUUGGUGCCAUAACCGGAAGCACAGCUGACCAGUCUCAAGGUCAAGCUAAGCAGAACAAGGCCGAUGCUGAGUAUGACGCAUCGCACGCCACUGUAAAGGCCCCAGGCUUUACUGCUUCGUCAACGGGUGCCGUGACCAAGGAUCAUCCGGACAGAACUGCCGGCUCUUACAACCAGACCGUCGGAUCCGCCAAAGAGUUCGUCGGUGGGCUAACAGGCGCCGAGGGUCUAAAGGCAGCCGGUCGUCAGCAGAACGAGGAGGGUCAGAGGCAAGAAGCCAAGGGCCAGGUCAACGACUACGUUAGCGGGGUUUCUGAUCGCGUUACUGGCACUGUAGGCGGGGCUUUUGCCAAUAUCACCGGCAACAAGGCCGCGCAACAAGAAUAUGAGAACCAGCACGACGCUGGAAAGACUACUCAACGAGGUGCCGAGGAAGAUAUAGUCAAGCAGGCAGACGCCGACUCCGCAGCCUCACGUAAGGCGUAAAAUGAUUCACCUGCAACAAUGUGGGGACAAGAUUUUCGGGGGAGGGUAGCAGAUGACAUUGUGAUGAGGAAGAUACCCAAUAUGGAAUGAUAAAGCGUCAGCUAAGUGUUCGGAAAACGGAAUCGUAUGGUAUAUAGUUGACUAUAAUCAUAUGCAAAUGGAUUUUAUACACUUACUCGCCGCAAUGAUAGCUUAAAUGAUCAUUGAGAAUCCAGACAAGAACAAUCAAAAAACCAAAAGACGACAAGGGGGAAUUAAAUCGAAUCGCGAUCAUUUCCGAGAUAAAUUCGAAUAUAUUUUAUUUUAUUAGUCCUGCAUAAUAAAUCAG